GGUCGGCUUUAGGACCCCGCGGAAAUGUGCCGCAGACUCUGCGCCUCGUGAUAGAGAGCGAGUGCGCGCGAGCCCGCAGCAGCGGGGAGAGAGGACCCGGUAGAACGCGAGGAGGGGGAGACAAGAGGGGGAGAGAAGGAGUGAGCCAUCGUCAGGGUCCGGGUGGCUGAGGGAAGGACGAUACAGAGCCAGGGAGGACAGAGUGGGACAGCAAUCGUCCAGCUAGAUUGAAUGAAGCUGCACCAGGAGUUUCCGAGGGCCGUUCCCAUGUUUUGAUUUGCUUAGUUUUUAUUUUAUUUUUUUUUCUUUCCUUUUUUCUUUUUUUGGGGGGGUGGGGGGGUUGAAAGUUGACCGUUUCCCACCAUGCCGUCCAACAGUCCUGCAGCCGCCGAGCCACCUGAGACGCCGGAGAACGAUGCUUCUAAUGAUGUGAGCGAAGACAGAGCAGAUCAGGACAGUCCCGAGGAGGGGACGCCAGCAAGCCCCCGAAAUAAGAGAAGAGUGGGUCGUCCCAGCAGGAAAAGCAAACAGCUGCUUCCUGAGAUGGCGACCUCUGACCCCUGUGCAAAUGCCUCCCCAACUCCGCCCAAGGAGCCGAAUGUUUCCCCCUCCCCUCGCAAGAAGCGUAGGCGCCAGAAACCAGAGCAAACCGAGAAGGAUAAGGAAGAUCCAGAAAUGGACAGGAACUGUGACUCCCCUCGAGAGGGUGAGACCGGGAGGCUCCGGAGGAGGCCCGUUCCCAGGGUGACUUUCCAGGCUGGAGAUCCCUACUACAUCAGCAGGAGACAGAAAGAAGAAUGGCUCAGCCGCUGGAAGAUGGAGGUGGGAGACAAACAGGCGGAAAGACGGGCGUACCGGGAGGCAGAGAUUAACAUGAUGGACGACCUAUCGGAGGUCGACUUUCAAAAAGAGGAGGGGCCAGCCAGCCCGGCCCCUCCCCCCUCACAGCAACACACAGAUCCCGCCUCUCCAACGGUUGCCGUGACACCAGAGCCUGUUGCAAGGGGAGACCAGGCCAUGCCCAGUGAGAUCGAGUACCAGGACGGCCGGGGUUUUAGCAUCGGGACUCUGGUGUUUGGGAAGCUGCGAGGCUUUUCCUGGUGGCCCGGCAGGAUCGUCUCCUGGUGGAUGAGCGGCCGGAGUCGAGCUGCAGACGGCACUCGCUGGGUCAUGUGGUUCGGUGAUGGAAAGUUCUCUGUUGUUUGUGUGGAGAAACUGAUGCCCCUGAGCUCCUUCUCAUCCGCCUUCCACCAACCAACGUACAACAAACAGCCCAUGUACCGGAAGGCUAUCUUUGAAGCUCUGCAGGUAGCCAGCGUGCGGGCAGGGAGGCCAGUUCCGUCAUGUGACACGAGCGAAGACGCCGAAGCGGUGGAACUUCAGACCAGACAGAUGAUUGAGUGGGCAAUGACCGGCUUCCUGCCCAAUGGUCCUCAAUCACUGGAUCCUCCAGAAGAGGAACAAAAUCAGUUCAAAGAGGGAUACGUAGAAAUGUGGCCGGAGCCCGAGGCAGCUUACACACCUCCACCUGCAAAGAAACCACGCAAGAACUCGGCAGAGAAAGCAAAGAUCAGAGAGGUGAUCGACGAAGGAACCAGAGAGAGACUCAUACAUGAGAUCAAGAAGAAAACCAGGAAUAUUGAAGACAUCUGCAUCUCCUGUGGAAGUCUGAACGUCUCUCUGGAGCAUCCUCUCUUCAUAGGAUCAAUGUGUCAGGGCUGCAAAAACUCCUUCCUGGAGUGCGCCUACCAGUAUGAUGAUGACGGCUACCAGUCCUACUGCACCAUCUGCUGUGGAGGGAGGGAAGUGCUCAUGUGUGGCAACAAUAACUGCUGCAGGUGUUUCUGUGUGGAAUGUGUGGAUCUCUUGGUUGGAGCCGGCUCAGCUGCAGCAGCUAUCAAAGAAGACCCCUGGAACUGCUACAUGUGCGGACCUCGGAGCACCUAUGGGUUGCUGCGACGACGGGACGACUGGCCAAUCAGACUACAGCAUUUCUUCGCCAACAACCACGAGCAGGAAUUCGAACCAGCCAAAUUGUAUCCUCCGGUCGCAGCAGAGAAGAGGAAACCGAUCAGAGUCCUCUCCCUAUUUGAUGGCAUUGCCACAGGCCUGCUGGUGCUGAAAGAUCUGGGCAUCCAGGUGGACAAGUACAUCGCAUCCGAAGUGUGUGAAGAUUCCAUCACUGUGGGCCUGGUUCGACACCAGGGACGCAUCAUGUACGUGGGCGAUGUACGCAACGUCACUCGCAAACAUAUUGAAGAGUGGGGACCAUUUGACCUGGUUAUUGGAGGAAGCCCCUGUAAUGACCUCUCUAUAGUCAACCCUGCAAGGAAAGGCCUUUAUGAGGGAACUGGGCGGUUGUUUUUUGAGUUUUAUCGUCUGCUGCACGAGGCUCGACCAAAACCAGACGACGAGCGGCCGUUCUUCUGGCUCUUCGAGAACGUGGUCGCUAUGGGAGUGAGCGACAAGCGGGACAUCUCCCGAUUUUUAGAGUGUAACCCAGUGAUGAUCGACGCCAAGGAAGUCUCUGCUGCCCACCGCGCUCGCUAUUUCUGGGGAAACCUGCCAGGCAUGUCCCGACCUCUAACGCCGAUGGCCAACGACAGGCUGGACUUACAGGAGUGCCUCGAACACGGCCGCACAGCUAAGUUUGAGAAGUUGCGUACGAUAACGACACGCUCCAACUCUGUGAAGCAGGGGAAAGACGAGCAUUUUCCCGUCUUCAUGGACAACAAGGAGGACAUCCUCUGGUGUACGGAGAUGGAAAGGGUGUUUGGUUUCCCAGUCCACUACACCGACGUGUCCAACAUGAGUCGUCUGGCUAGGCAACGGCUGCUGGGACGUUCCUGGAGCGUCCCCGUCAUCAGGCACCUCUUCGCCCCGCUCAAGGAGUACUUUGCCUGCAACUAGUUACAACUUUCUCUAACACACACACACACACACACACACACACACACACACACACACACACACACACACCAACUACAAACAGUACAUGAAGGUUGGCUAACGCAGAAUGACUCAGACCGGUCACACACAUAAACACAAACACACACAUACAUAAAGUAAAGGACUGCUUCUCUACAUCCCGUAUAGAUCACUGGUUGACCUUUGUCCCCCUGGUGCUACCUUGCUGAUUUUUAAACACACUGGUGCAGGGUUUCUGUACUGUAACUCUUCAUACACACACUUCCUGUUCCAACCUUGAAACUGAUGUCUUCUGGCUUUAAUGUGCUGCAAUAGCUGGAGUUUUAGCCUCCAGGGGGCGCAAUACUCACACAAACGCCCCAACUUUGUGUUUUUAUUAUGUCUCUGAACACAUCAACACACUAGUGACUCCUUCUGCCAUAAAGCAUAACUGAAUUCAUGUUUAGUGACAGAUCUACUGGUGUACUACAGUGAAAUGAACACAGGUACAUCCACACACACCAAUUAAUGCUUGUGGUGCUAGUCAGGUAGUGACAGAGUCCAAAUGGUGCCAUUUCAAUACUACAUUUUUAUAGUUUUUGGUGCUCUUAGAGGCUCAAUUCAACCGGACUUUUACAAGCAGGCAGAAGCAAAAAACAGAGAGCAAAUGGUUUUUAAAAGUAAAAAUUUAAAGUGGAUUUUUGUUUCAGAGUGACUUUUACUAAGCUAGGUUUUAAGAUUUCAUGCUUCUUCAAGGAAGAGCAGCUCUGGUUCCACAAUGAUCUCAGCAUAUUGGUUUAAACCUGUUUGUAUUUAAAUUCAACCAGCUUGAUCUAAAAUACUGGGAUGGAUGGUUAUUGAAUAAAUAUUAAAGAAUACUGCAGCAGUUUAGAAGAUUUGAUAAAGAAGAGUUUGGAUAAUAACGUCAAUAUUUGCUGUUUAGGAUAGAUUUAGCUGUGCAAAAACACGACUAAACCUUAAAAUAACAGAGCAUCCUCCUUAGCAUUUAGCUAGUGCUGCUCUAGAACAUAAACAGUACCUUUGAUGAGCAAAUAUGUGUAUGUAUCAGUAUUUUCAUGCUUCAUAGAGCCUGUCGCUGUCUGCUACUGGACCAACGGUUAGCAUCAUGUCCAAAGCUUUGUGGCAUUAAUCUUUUGAAGUUCCAGCCCGCUUUAACUCACCUUGUGAGAUCCUGCAGAGCAGCGCUUCCUACAGAAACUAAACUGAGUCAUCAAAGGACUUAGAUUCUGGCAGCAGCAUGUAAUGAACCCUCCUCUUGAGAUGCAUCGUCUCUCGUGCCUCAACUCUAGCGUUGCCCUUUUUUGUCUGGUGAAACCAUCCACCAGUCGUUGGCUCCAUAGAAAUUCACUUUGUGCUUCAGUUCCUGCAAAGCAGCGACAUCCACUGGAAUCAGAGACAGACUUUUACUGCUGGUUUUCUGCUUUCUACAUCUGAAACGGAUAACCCUGGAUAAAUAACCGACAGUUCCUUAUAUAACACAACUUUUUUAUUCUGCCUUCUGCUGACAAUAAACUCAGCUGCUGCUCGACUUUAGCAGAGGGGGUGGCUUCUUUUAAGUGAGGCAGUUUCUAAUUAUCUCACACACACACUUGCACACACACACACACAUGCGCGCACACACACACACACACUUGUUAAGAAACACACAGUCACUGAUGUGUGUUUUACCUACACAGGGCUGUCUUCUGGUUCAUCAUUUCAGUCUGGUGCUUGUGGUCUUCAGACGACCAUCUUUUCCAGAAAGCCUUCCAAUCCUCUGACCGUUCUCAGAUACCAGCUUCUAACUUUACUCCUGCUGUCUAUGAUGACACACACACACACACACACAGCCUCUCAAGUUAACAAUAAACCAGCAGGUUCAAACUUUUCCAUCAUGUUUACUCACUGUUUCUACAACCAACCUUCAGGUGCUUUUUUAACUGCUCUUUUUUACAGUGCUCUUGCAGGUCGCACACACACACACACACACACAUAUUAGCUGGAAACACAGCUAAUAAUACCUACUCUGUUAUGAAACAUCACAAUCACACAUGCAUACACACUGUGUUCUUUACCGGUCGCCUGCUGCCAUCAGGCUUCCUACGGCGCUGCAGAGUGUGACAUCAUCACCCUGCGACGCUUGGUGCUCCCAUCCCCACAUCCUUCUCUCUGACCCAAAUCCCCUCUGAACACCACCAUCCCCAGGUGCUGCAUGUCAGUCAGUCAGUGUAAUCUCUGAUUCCAUGUUAGAUUAGGGAGUAAUGAUAAUAAUAAUAUUAUGGUAAUAGUAAUUACAAUAAUAAUCUGUUAUCGUGUUUGUGUACUGUUCCAGGUUGGUGCUCAGUUCAGUUCAGUCUCGGCCUACAGAGGGGAGAGAAGGAGGCUAGAGAAGGCAUAUAUUACAGUUAAUGUAGUGACUUGUUCUAUUGUAUCCAAGAAUGACAAAAGAAACUGGAAACAAUGAGCUGCACACUGAUCUCAGAUCAAAAAUGAGUUGAAACAGCUGCUGAGAUACAAACCACCAUCACUGCUGGUGCUUCUGAACCGUGUGCUUUCCAGUCCAGUGCAAAACACUUAGGGUUCUUAAAUCUGUUAAUUGACUAGAAAAGUAAAGAGUUUUCCCACCUGCGGCGUUUGGUCCCUUUAAAUUGAACCUUGGUCGUUUUCUCCCUUGGUUCUGAUUGGUUCAGUUGGGCAGGCAUGAAAAUGACAAUCAUACCUGAGGAGGUCUCAGUUAGACUUCCUGUAUUACCUGAAUUACUGUAUCCAUUUUAACUAUAUAAUUAAUCAUGGUGCUAUUUCUUAAGUUUACUGUGUUUUACUGUUAAUUUGACCAAAAUCAAAUAUUUAAUCAUCACAACUGUUCAUCUUUACCUCAGUUAUAAUGAUAACUAUAUAUCGAUGAACAAGAGAUAGUUUGUUCACAAUUUUAUUUUUACAAAAAAAUCCACAUAGACGUGUAUGUCCUUGAUGAGGGCAUUUGUUGUCUUUUACGCUAAUGAGGCGGUGCAAACUAGAGUAGGUGUCACCAUUUUUAAUGAACAUGGGAUUCAGCAGUUUAUGCAUUUCUUAGGAUGUUUUGUUUUAAAACAGAACUAGUGAUAAUAAGCUAACUAGUCAUUUUAUUGACUUGGUUAACAAUCAUCAUGAGAAUUAAAAAAAAAAUCUGUUCUGUAUCCAUUCACGGGAAUUUAAGAGGCUUUAACCAAACAAGAAGUUUUCCGAACAUUGGGAUCACUGACAGAAAUGCACAUUCCGGUUGAUCUAAAACGGUGCAACUUCCAAACAGUUUGUGCUCUCCAGCAGUUUUGUUUUGACACACUUCUGUCUGAGAGUGAAGCAGGAUGAGCGAUCGGGAGAGGAGACAUUUGGUGACGCAGUGAUGGUGUUUCUGUUUGCCUAUCAACAGCUUUUAGGCUGAGUGAUGUGCUGUUUUAAACACUGAUACACUUUCUAAACAAACACGUAAAACACUGCUCUAGACACACAGAGACACACGCAGCACCUACAGAUACAAUGCUGUGGCGCAUGCAGACACUCAUCUCAUGGACUCAAUGAAAGAUGAGCAUUUAGGAAAAGGAGGACCUGUUGGUGUUUCAAAAGGUGCUAAAAUUUUAUCUGAAAAUAAGAAAAAAUAUAUUGUUAGGAGUAUAAAUCAAGUUUGUCUUUACAAUGACUGUAUUUAAGUUUGUUGUAGCUAUGAAAAGGCACUAUUAUUGUUUUACUCUUGUAUGAAUAUGAACUAAUUAAAAAACAUUUUAACUUUGUACUUGAACUAUGUAAAAAUGAACCGUGAAUAAAAAAAGGACUGUUUCUUGUGA